AGGAGGAAAGACAGGGAGGGAGGGAUGCUGGUGAAGCCACGGGUAUUCAUGAGAGCCGCAAGUGUUUUUUUCUUCGCGCUUUGGUGAUGCACUUUAAUGUCUGCAGACAGACGGAGGGAGCGGGACAGACAGAAGGUGAAGCCCAGCCCAUCUUACCGUUGAUCUUCAGACGAUCAAGGAAAAUGCAAACCAGGAUGAAUACAGUCAAACUGAAUUGGGUCUUUAAAUACUGAGGAUUCCCAGAUGAGGCAGCCACAUGAACAAAGACUUAUUAAACAGCAUUUGGAUCCAAGUGACCAACCAGAUUGUGGAACACCUACCUGAGAAAGGAAACAAGAAGGAAGGAUUUAAGGAAAUCAAUUUGAACUCACAAGUCUUGGGAUUUUUCCAUUUUGUGGAAUACUGGAAAAUUCUUAUGCAAACAGUUCUCUCAGAUGGAUGGAUAAAUAUUUUGGAGUUCCAGGAAAGAUGCCCUUUCGUCGUGAACUCUGAGAGGGGCUACCCACAAGCUGCUGCCAAAGAACAACAGCACCACUUGAUCUUUUCUUUUAAACGUGUACUUCCUUAACCUUUGGCUUUUAGAAAAUAAAACAUCAACAGCCGCAACCCAAACCUGGAGCUACAAGAGGAUGCGUAAAUGCCCUCUUUUACUUUCACCGCAAAUGAUACCUGGUUGACUCAUUUCAAGAUUGAGGUUUGGAAAUUGAGCGGAGGAGCUGUAGCUGACUCAGCACCGAUGGGGGCCCCCUGUGACCUGGUCUGACCCCAGUUUGAGCUUGCUGUGACCAUUGACCUCUCCGGUCCUGGCUCUCCACCUGCUCUGCUGCCUGGGUUCUGGAACGCUCCGCCCUGAGGCCCAGAACGAGCCAAUCAGUAUGAAGAAGAGCCGCAGCGUGCUGUCGGUGACAGGAGAAGAGGACAAUGACAUAAAUGUAACAGAUACUGUGGAGAAGGCGGAGUCAUCACGCUACAGCCGAUCUUACACGUCGGGGGCCACGCUGGGGGCUGAGCUGCGCAGAGGGAGAAGCAGGAGACUCUCUCCUAGUCUUCAGGUACCCUGCUGGCUCCGCCCACGAGAUCGAACUCGUUCUCCAGACGUCCUGAGCAAUACAUCCCGUCCCACAACUCUCCCCCUACGAAUUCCACCACGCAUCUCCAUCACACAAGCAGAUGCUGACAGUUACGAAGCAGAAAAUGGCGUCUCCUCAGGUCACACCCCUCUGGGUUCCCAAAGCCCAAGCCUCACGUUGCACUCCUCCUUCACUCAGGGUCAGAGAAGAGAGUCGUUCCUGUACCGAUCUGACUCAGACUAUGACAUGUCACCAAAGACAGUCUCUCGUAAUUCUUCCCUUGCCAGUGAAGGGCACACAGCAGAGGACUUCAUUGUCACACCUUUUGCUCAAGUACUGGCCAGUCUGCGAUCAGUACGGAGCAACUUCACCAUUCUCGCCAACGUCACCACACCAACGAUCAAGAGAUCUCCACUUGGUGGAAUGUGCGUCAGUCCCAGGCCAACACUGUCAGACCAGCAGUACCAUCAGCUGGCACUGGACACUCUGGAAGAGCUGGACUGGUGCUUGGACCAGCUGGAAACCAUUCAGACUCAUCGCUCAGUCAGUGAAAUGGCCUCCACCAAGUUUAAGAGGAUGCUGAACAGAGAACUGUCUCAUCUGUCUGAGAUGAGCCGCUCGGGGAACCAGGUGUCUGAGUACAUCUCCAGCACCUUUAUGGACAAGCAGAACGAGGUGGAAAUCCCUUCUCCAACCCUCAAAGAAAAAUCUAUGAGUCACAUCAGUGGAGUAAGGAAACUGUCUCACAGCUCCAGCCUCUCCAGCGCUUCAAUGCCUCGCUUUGGCGUCAACACAGACCACGAGGACGAGCUUGCAAAGGAGCUGGAGGAUCUGGACAAGUGGAGCUUUAACGUAUUCAAAGUAGCAGAGUAUUCCAACAACAGACCUCUCAGUUGCAUUAUGUACGCCAUCUUCCAGGAGCGUGAGUUGUUGAAGACGUUUCGUAUCCCAGUCGACACUUUUGUCACGUAUGUCAUGACCCUGGAGGACCAUUACCAUGGAAACGUAGCGUACCACAACAGUCUCCAUGCUGCAGAUGUCACCCAAUCAACACAUGUUCUCCUCUCCACACCUGCUCUGAAUGCGGCCUUCACUGAUCUUGAGAUCCUUGCGGCUCUGUUUGCUGCAGCCAUCCACGAUGUAGACCACCCUGGAGUCUCCAACCAGUUCCUCAUCAACACCAACUCAGAGCUGGCCUUGAUGUACAACGAUGAGUCGGUUCUGGAGAACCAUCAUCUUGCUGUGGGUUUCAAGUUGUUGCAUCAGGAGAACUGUGACAUUUUCCAGAACCUCACCAAGCGCCAGCGUCAGAGCCUUCGCAAGCUGGUCAUUGAAAUGGUAUUAGCCACAGACAUGUCCAAACACAUGACUCUACUGGCUGACCUAAAGACCAUGGUGGAGACCAAGAAGGUGACAAGCUCUGGUGUUUUGCUGCUGGAUCACUAUACUGAAAGAAUACAGCUUCUAAAAAACAUGGUGCACUGUGCAGACCUGAGCAACCCCACCAAGCCUUUACCAUUGUACAGACAGUGGACAGAGAGGAUCAUGGAGGAGUUCUUUCGACAAGGGGACAAAGAGCGAGAAAGAGGGAUGGAGAUCAGUGCCAUGUGUGACAAACACACAGCAUCUGUUGAGAAAAGUCAGGUGGGCUUCAUUGACUACAUUGUCCACCCGCUCUGGGAGACGUGGGCUGACUUGGUGCAUCCAGACGCCCAGGAGUUGCUGGACACCCUUGAAGAAAACAGAGAAUGGUAUCUGACCACCAUGCCCCAGUCUCCAUCACCUCCACCUGACAGACACUUGCAGCACGACCGCUUCCAGUUUGAAAUCACCCUUGAGGAUCUGGAACAUAACAACUACAACCAUGUACAACACUUGAGCAGCAACACUGGGAGGAGCGGCAGGAACAACUGGAAAGCCAUAUGCAAUGAUGGCAGCACAGAUGAAAUACAGGAGAGCCACGCAGGAGUGAACGGGCAGGAGCAGAACCAUUUUAAAAGGGAGGAGAAUGAUGGGGAGAGCCACAACAAUGAACAGAACGGAGCUCAGGAAGAAAAAGAGGAGGAGACUGCAGAAAAGGAGGAAGCAGAAACAAAUGAUGAGCAAGUAGAAGGAGUAGAAGAAACAGAGAAGGAAGAAGAGGUACAUAAUGGAGAAGAACAGGAGGAGACUAACAAAGAAGAGGUUCAGGAGAAAGAAAUAACAGGGGAAGAGGUCAAUGAGGAAGAGGAAAAUGAUGCAUUAAAGGCUGAUAAAGUAGCAGAGAAUGGGCUGGAAGAAGACGCCAUUGAAGAAAUGAACAUGGAAACAGAAGAAGAAAACAAAGAGGAAGAAGAAAAGGAAAUCAAGGAGACUGAAGUGGUAGAGGAAACAGAAGUGACUGCUGACAAAUGUGAGGAAGAGAGAGAAGAGGAGAGUGGUGGGGUGGAGAAAACUAUUGAGGUGGGGACAGAAAUGGAGGGUGAGGAGGAGGAAGGAACACAGGAGACUGCUAACGAAAAUGAGGAUGCAGAAGAAGAGGAAAAAGAGGAAGAGCAGAUAAACAUGGAAGAUGAAGGUGAGGAGCAAGGAAAAGAAGAGAAUGAGGAGGUUGAAGAAGCUUCCCAGGAGAUUGAGGAGGAUUAGGUUAAAAGAUGUAUGAAUUUAUUGAUAAAAAAAUGUCAUAAUUUUAAAAGUUGAGAAGAGACGAAGAGAGCCAGUGAUGCUUUGAUAAGCUGAAGUCAGGCUACAGAAAAGGAUGAAGAGCUGGAGACGCCCUUCUUUCCAAGUAAUGUGCUCUGACAACUUGAUCAUGUGAUGCUCCUAUAUAAAGGCUAGUUCUGAUGGCGAAAAAAUAUCAAAGAGUGAUAUUUAAGACAAACAUGACAGCACUGCAGAGGUGAGAACCUUUCCAAUUCUUUCUGGACAACUUGAUUGCUCCAGCUGGUGACGGCAGAGACUGGAGUCAGGUUCAGCUGGUGUCUGUGCAUCAAUCACUGCCAUAGGGGACAACCUGGGGCAAAAAAGAGCAGGGGAUCAGGUUUAAUCAACCUUUUGUAGCUCCUGGGAUAAAAAAAAAGAAGUGCUAAACUACAUACAUGCAAAUAAGUGUGUGCCUGUUCUCCACCUCCUGUAGACCAUCGCCCGUCAUCUCAGUUUCCGUCUACGUCUUAUUAAAGAGGAAAUAACAGACACGGUUUCAGCCAACUGAGCAGAGUAAAAAAACAAACACCUCUGGAAGGCAUUCUCUGUUGUUGUAUAUGUAUUGCAAGACCUCUCCACUCGUUAAAGGACAGCUUGACCUCGUCAUGCAGCAACGCAAAAGUGUUUAUCCCUUUUGUGACUUUGUCACUGGAAUCGUGCCAAACUGCCCCACAACCAGCACUGAGCAAUUCCGCCUCCGGACAGAGGAGGGGGCUACUCUUCAUGAAGCAAUGAAAAUGUGGAACCUGGUCAACGGGUGUGAUGGUCUUCCACUUUUAAUUUUCUUUUUAUUUGUUUAUUUUUAAUUUUGUAAAAGUUGUUUUUGGCACUUUAUCUAACACCCCUGUUACAUAUUUGUACAUAGUAAACAUGUAUUUUAUUCUGCUGAUGUCACACAAUGAAUAUAAAAUAAAAUUCACUAUUAGGUUUUUCUUUU